AUAACUGUGCACUUCUUUUCUGAAAACGGAAUGGGGGUGGUAGUGAGUUGGUGGCUAUUUUUAGCAAUCUACAUACUAUUUCACCAUAAUGCUUUUUACAGAGUGAAAAAAUACUCCACCUGUCACUCAAUCCACCUCCAACUUUGUCUAAGUUUUUACAUUACAUUUAUUCCUUUGAAGUUGCUGCCAGACCUCUGCUUUCUCUCUGUCUGAUAUAUCCCUCUCGCUAUUUCUGUUUCUCUCUCUCUCACACUACCUCUAAACUCUUUUUCUCUCUUGAGAAAAAAUAUGCGAGACAGAUAGAAAGGGAGUUAGGGAGAAAAAACAAGUGAGACAGAGCGGGGAAGAGACAGAAGACAGAUAUAUAUAUAUAUAUAUGUAUAUAUAUAUAUAUAUAUACAGUUUGCUCGAAACCUAAAACUUGAUGAAGGCAAAUCAUCUCUUGAUACUGAAGGGUGUUUUGAUCCCUCAUCAUUUUGCACUAUUGUGGAAAGCAUUCAUCAAAUGUUCCCAAAUUUUGAAAUUCACCAUCUCAACAACGGGUAGCUGUGUGAACGCGCAAUUCUAGCUCCCAAAAAUAUUACAGUAAAUGCCAUCAACAAAAAUCUCUUACAAAUGAUCCCUGAAGGUAGCCACAUCUAUAAAUCUAUUGACAAAGUUGUAGACAAGGACGAUGCUGUUCAUUAUCCUGUUGAAUUCCUCAACAGUCUGGAAUCAUCUAGUAUACUGCCACACAACCUUGAACUGAAGAAGGGCAUAGUUAUCAUGCUUCUCAGAAACCUGGAUCAGCCAAAAUUACGCAAUGGUACAUGUAUGGUUGUGACUGAACUACAGCCUCACAUUAUCAAAGCAAAAUUCCUCACUGGAUGUGAUUCCAAAGUGGCUUCGGUGACGUCAUUAUUUAGUAAAUCAGGGGAGAUAACUGUACCCAACUCCAUGAUGUCAACAGAUGAACAUGGAAGGUUGAGGUGUAGGAUGAUGGAAGAGGGAACGGUGAGUUUUGAGGUCGACGUGAACCAUGAAAAAAUAUCGAAACGACACUGAUGUGACUUGGUUCGUAUGUAUGCUAUAGCAG